AUGGCACAUGCAGUGGCCAGCGCCGUGGCUUACCAACUUCGCAGCGAUGACUUCCGCGUCCACAUCGACGAGAAUGGCGGCCAUCUCUUGGGCAUCUUCGAUGAGCGAGAGGCCUCAGACUCCAUGAACUGGAUAAGCGCCCCAUCCAACGCGCCGUGGCAACCCUCGGGAGUCGCUGGGGACUGGGAUACUUUGACGCCGGCGGGCGCUCGCUGCACAGGCACUACUGGAGCAGCCCGGAGUUUCGGUGCCUCGGCCAACGCUGCGAUGCGACAUGCUCUGGCGCGCAGGGCGCACGCGCACGUCUGGGCCAACGGAGGGGCUACGGCCUGGGUCAAGAUGGACCAGAUGGGCGGCCACGGGCGGGACCUAGGCAUGGUGCUGACAAAAGGCGCGCUGUCCGGCUACAGCAUCGAGGGGCGGGAUACCAUUUCCAGCUCCAACACGCGGGGCGUGUUCCUACUGCACCCUGUUGUGCCGACGCUGGCGCCGGGGGAAGAGGCGGUUGUCGAAUGGGCCAUGUUCUGGCACAAGGGCUGGGACGAGUUCCAGCGGCGGUGCAUCGCGCUCUCCGAGCAGUUUGUCGCCAUCCGCGCCGACUCGCUGACCCUUGCUGCCGGCGAGUCGACCGUCGUGCACCUCGAGGGCCAGAGAGUGAAUAACCAGACUACUGUGGACGGGAACCGCGUGAACUGCGAGGGAGACCAGUGCUCGUAUUGGUACGUGGCCACGGGCGUAGGCCAUCGGAGCCUAACCAUUACGACCCGGAGCGGAGAGCAUAUCGACGACUCGACCAUGUACCUGAAUCUCGUACCCAGAAUCAAAGACCUCGUCGCCAAUCGCGUGGCGUUCAUCACUCAGAAACAGCAAGUUUCCGCCGCGGGCAUCCUCGACGGCGCCUACGUCCUCUACGACAACGACAUGGACGGCCAGGUCCUCUACGACAGGGCGGCGGAUCGGAACGCCGGCCGCGAGCGAGUGGGCAUGGGCAUCUUCAUCGCCCGCUGGCUGCGGCGCAACAGAGACCCCGCGGUCGAGGCCUCGCUCAAGAGGUACUACACCUUUGUCUGCACGCGGCUGCAGGACGACGAGGGCAACGUCUUCAACGGGCCGGGCGACCGCGGGGACCGCCUGUACAACUGGCCGUGGGUCCUCCAGCUCCACUUGGCCGUCGCCGCCCUGCACCUCGACUUGCCGCCCGAGAUCGCGGGCCGGACCCCGCUGCAGCGCUUUUUGACUACGCUCGAUCGGUUCUACGCGAGUGGUGGCAAGGGGCUUUACGCCAUUGGUCUACCGGUCUUGGAGGGUUUGCGCGCGACGUACGCAUCCGGGGAUAAAGGACUACAUGAAAAAGCGCUGCGGUACUUCACCGAGCACGCGCAGGAGAUUGCCCACACCGGGAUCCGCUACCCGCCCUUCGAGGUCAAUUUUGAGCAGUCCAUUGUCGCGCCCGCCGCCAUCAUCCUCUUGGAAAUGUAUCGGUGGACGGGCGACAAGCAGUGGCUCGAGGCCGGCGAGCGUCAGAUGGAGACGCUCCUGCGCUUCGCCGGCAAGCAGCCCGAUUAUCGCCUCCAUGAUAUUGCCAUCCGCCACUGGGACGGUUACUGGUUUGGCAAGGACCGCGUAGCAAAGCGUGACGAGGUAGCCCUCGGCCAGGCGCAAGGCAUCAUCCGCUCCAACCUGGCGCUCUUCCAACCCGACGGGCGCGGCCACUGCGCGUGGAUCUACCCUCUCUCCGUCAACGGACGAGCAGGGCACUACCGAGACCCGUGGUCAAACGAUCAGGACUUUGCCCUUAACCAUUUACUAUUUCUAGAACAGGAUUUAGCGGAGGAGCGAGGGGAGGGGAUAGUCGUGGUGAAAUAA